AUAGUACCAUGUGUUGUACAUACUGUGUUAGACAUUUUACCUACGAAGCAUUGCAUGGACUAGCACUCCGAAGUAUGCACAUUCGUGGUGUGUCUAUGGAUCACCCAUUUCCGCCAAAAAUAAACUUCUCUCAUUUUGUUCUUAUUACCAUUCCUCUUGUAACCAGAACAGCUCUGACACCUGCAUGCAGCUUUUGCCGGCCGGGCCCGGGUUUUGUGCCCUACUUACCGACUAACGCCCCCGGUCUGUCGGUGCUGGUACAUUGUGUCGGUGUGUUGUUUUGCGUUGCGAAGGCAAGGAAAGAGACUAUGCAUAGCAGAUGGGAAGUCCACGUGGGCUGUUUCAUUCGUCGUCGUCUCUUGUUCUUGGCUUGCUGGCCUGCCUUGCCUGUAGACGAGAGCGAUGUCGCAUGCAUGCAAACAGCCCCUGGUCAGUCAAUUGUUCAGUCGAGUGAUUGAAUGACCGACUUUGAUGACAUGGCAAGCCCUCCCUCCACCGCAACGCUUUUUGGUUAUUUGCGUCAUAUUUUUUUGUUGUGUGUGUUAUGGUUUACUCAAGCCUGUGG